AUGGCUGGACCGACGGCGAUCUGCAACGCUCCGGCGUCCGCGCUCACCACAGACCCGACGUCGCUCACACUCUCAAACUCGAGAUCACACAGAACUCACGGGCACGAGAGAAUGGCGCUGCCAAAACGUUGCAGCUUUUCUGUGUGGAAUCUUGCGCCGGACAAGUUCACCUACUCUACGGUCGUGUCAGCACUGUCCGAUGCAGGGCAUGUGGAGGAUGCGGUGGCGCUGGUGCAUGAGAUGGUGGUCGAUGGGGUGGUGGCGGCCGAGGCUUUUAAUCCUGUGCUGAGAGCAAUGCUGCGUGCAGGGGAUGUCAAUGGGGCAGCCAAAUUGUUUCGGUUUAUGCAGCUAAAGGGUUGCACACUGACAGCAGCAACAUACAAUGUGCUGCUGCAUGGUUUGUUAUUGUGCAGUAAAGUGAAGGCAGCGAUGGGCAUCAUGAGAAGAAUGGAGAAUGAGGGAAUUGUGCCAGGGUUGAUGACAUAUGGCGCAGUGGUGGAUGGGUUGGUAAAAUGUGGAAGAGUGGAAGAUGCAUGGAAAGUCGCUGAGGAAAUGGGCAACAAGGGGCUUCCACCUAGUGAAUUUGUGUUCUCAGCCGUGAUUACCGGGUUUUGCAGGUCAGGGGAGGUUGACAGGGCAUUGAGGGUGUGGGAAACAAUGGUGGCAGCUACAGUAAGGCCAAACAUUGUUUUGUAUUCAGCAAUGAUUGAUGGUCUUGCCCGUUGUGGGAGGAUGACUGAAGGUGAAAUGUUAUUUGAUGAGAUGGUUGAUGCAAAAUGUGUACCAAAUGUCAUGACAUAUAGCUCAAUGAUUCGAGGUUAUUUCCAGAUUGGAGAUUCAUCACGAGCUCUCUCUACAUGGGAGGAGAUGUUAAGGGUUGGCUGUGUGCCAACUGCUAUUAGUUACAGUAUAUUGAUCACUGGGAUGUGUAAUGUAGGGAGAUUAAAAGAUGCUAUGAUGGUCUGGAAACAUAUGCUUAGCCGUGGCUGUGCACCUGAUACAAUAGCUUAUACUUCAAUGAUCAAGGGGUUAUGCAUGUCUGGGAUGGUUGAUGGUGGUCUCCGGCUUUUUAAUGACAUGCUGGCGAAGGGUGAUGCCAAACCCGAUGCUAUCAUUUAUAAUGUUGUAUUGGAUGGGCUAAUUCGCACAAAUAACCUUGCUCGGGCAAUGGACAUGCUUAACCAGAUGCUUGAUCAAAGAUGUGAUCCAGAUGCAGUAACAUGCAAUAUUUUCUUGCGGGAGGUUGGGGUCGCAGAGGCGAAAGGGAGAGAAUUUUUAGAGGGGCUGGUCAUGAGGCUAUGCAAUAGAGAAAGGUAUAGGGCAGCUGGAGAUGUUUUGAUGGUGAUGCUGGCUAAGUAUAUUGUGCCAGAGGCUGCCAUUUGGCAUACUUUUGUCAGAGGAGUUUGUCAGACUAAGAGAGUUCGGAAAGUGGUUGAUAAUUGUUGGGAUGAGAUUUGGAAGCCUUAA